AUGGAUUGUGGUAAAGAUUUCUGGUAGGUUAUCAGAGUCUUGUUUCAUUAUUUGGUUUUGACAAUUCAUUGUUAUUGCUAUUAUUGUUUAUAUCCUGCCCUUCCUCCCAAGGAGCUCAGUGCAAAAAUCUGCAAUGAAACUGGUUUGGUGUUACAAGAACAAGUGGGCACAAGCCUUAGACCAACAAAUCCCCUUUGAAUGUUGAGAGGUGUCAGUCACCUGACGUUAUGGUGACAGUCCUGCCCACCUGUCAUAAGUUACUAUAUGGAGGGUGGUGGACUGAUGAGUCCAGCCCACUGGUUAGAUAUAGUUUUCCACUCCUGAGUAGGAUGGUAAAAAAUGCAAGGGGGGGAGGGAGGGAGAACUGCCAAAAAUGUCUUCUUUAAAAGUUGAAGCUAAUGCAUAAAAAAUUAGUAAAGUCAUCAUAAAUAGAAUCGUUUAAAGAAAAUAAGAGUAGCAGAAUAAAAUCUGAUUUACAGUAACAAGAUCACCAUAAAAUAAAAGCAUCUCCCUGGCCAUGCAAGGUGGAACCCUCAAGAAAUCUCAAAGGGUGAAGGCAGUAGCCUUUGAUUGUACAAGAAAUGGCUGAAGAACGUUUGGCUGUCUAAAUGCUUUCCCAUUCCAGGGAAGCAGAGACUUUUGUGUUACUGAGUGCUUAAUUUGGCCUGGGAGGAAGUCUGAGGUGGCAAGUAGAUUUGACCUUUCCUGCAACCUGAGAGAGAUGGCUGGGAAGCCAAACUGAACUGUUCUCUUGCCUAUAUUGCAAAAUGCUGGAAACUACUCUCUCUCGGCACCCACAGCUGCAACAGGAUAUAACUGUGAAUUGCACUGCAGGGUUAAUUUAUGCUAUUUUCUCAGUCACGCUGAUGUGGGAUAAAGGCAACGGAUGACAUUACAGGAUUCUAUGUGGAUAUGCAAGCUUUUGUGCUAUUGCUGCACAACUUGACAAAUGGUGGAUUCUGCUUGGAUUUUAAUUCUAAGUAGUGCUGUUAAUUGAAAAUCUAUGUAAAAAGUGAACAGUGGUACCACUAGAAUAAUAAGAACUACUGAAGCCGAGAGGUCUCCAAAUGAUGACAUUGACCUUAAUGCUGACCUGACAUUCUUCUGACACAGUUUUGCCCCUGUAAAUAAAACCUUUUUGUUUAAAGAAGAAGCUGCGCAUAAGCCCAAUCUUAUUUUAAAGCAUAUGAGUUACUGAAUUGAUGCCCUGUGUGUGACUUCAUUUUAUGUGCAGCCUAAUCUUGUGCGGAGUUACAUUGGCAUAAUCCCAUAUAAGGAUUAGGCAUGCUUAGCUCUAUAUAGAAUUGCAGGUCAGCUUCUGCCAGUCAUAGUUCUUUCUGGAUUAGCUUGACCCGUGGCUUCUCUGGGAAUUAAGGCUAUUCAAUAUAUCCAGAGCUGACAUCUUCCUACUGUGCUAUUAGUGUUGUGCUAUAAACUAAUUUUAAGAUGUAUUUUAAUUAAUUGAUUGCCUGUUUUUAUAUUCUUUGUAUACUGUGUUAGUUUUAUGAUGUUAGCCGCCCUGAGCCUGGUUCCGGCUGGAGAGGGUGGGGUACAAAUAAAAUUAUUAUUAUUACUACUACUACUACUAUGGCUUUUUACCUAUGCUGUUCUUAAUAUUUAAGGGGUGAUGAUUAUAAAUGUCAUGUGAAGUGCCUAAGUGAAGACCAGAAAUAUGGUGGCAAGGGUUAUGAAGCCAAAGCUCACAAAGGAGAUGUCAAACAGCAGGAAUGGAUUCAGGUAAAAACAAGUGCACACAUAAGCAGGGUAAUAUGACACUUAAUUUACAGGGAAAGCUGUGUACUGAUUGAUUGUCCCUUUUCCCUUUCAACCAAUGGUCUCUGAGGCAAUUUAUACCUCAGAUCAAAACAAUACAAGAAUACAUUUAAAAAUCAGACAAUAAGAAAACCCACUAACACUACAUAUGAUUAUCUAACUUCACCCAUCAAACAUUUGGGGAACAGGACACUUUGCAGCAGGCACACACUGAAUGCAAGAGUAGAUGCCAGCUUGUUGGUUUGGGAGGGCAUUUCAUAGUCAGAGGAAAGCCCUGUUUCUGCCCAUCUGACAGAAGAGGGCCUUGGCUGACAAACUCAGCUCAUGGGCUGGUGCAGUCCUUCAGAUACUAAAGUCACAGGCCAUUCAGAGCUUUUAACCAAAACCAGCACUUUGUUGGCUGCCAUGUUCUGAAGCAUUGGAAGUUUCUUAAUUGAUGGUUGCUAUUCCAGCAAGAAGCAAUACGUGUCAUACCAGCCCAAGGUGGCAAAAUGCAUUCUUAGUCACAUGUGUCCAUACGUGAGACUAUAUUGAAAACACCUUCCAACUACAGACUUGAGCCUUGACUAAAUACAACCCCAUUUUGAAAAAGUUGUGUGUUCCCUUGGGAGUCACCACCUUAAUCUUGCCCUGACUGAGCUUCACUUUAUUAGCCCUUGCGCAUCCCAUUCCUCACUUGAGCUGCUUGUGUUAAGAGUUUCCAGCCCCCCACCUAGAUUUGAUGAGAACGAUAAAUAAUGCUGAGUGUCAUCUGCAUACUUAAUAACCCUUCACUCCAAAUGUCCAAACUACUUCACCAAGUUGUUUUGUGUAGAUGUUAAAUAGUAUUGCAGUGUGUGUGUGUGGAAAUGGAAACUAGAUCCUUGCGGUACUUUGCAGCAUAAACAUCAUGAGAGAGUGUGAACUAAUACAGAGUUUUUAUCUUACUCCUACUUCAUGUGUUAUCUACCCAAAAUGUAGUUGUAAAAUGUCAAUGUAUUGAUUGUCAUAGGCAAGCUUUCAGGCUCCGUGUGGGCCAUUGUUUUUAUCUGCAGUGAACAUAAACACCCCAGAAGCAAUAACACAAUUCCCAAACCUCCAGACCCUGAUGCAGACAGGGGAAAUGGACAGAUUUAAACCUGCGAUGUGUAUAGCAUACAUUUGAUUUCAGUGCAUCAGACUUGUGAUUUAAGUAUGUUGUGUCUCAGAUGCUAUCAUUCCCACUUUCCUUUUGUAGAAGAUUCAUCAAGCGAUAAAGGAAACCAACAUUAACCCCAAAGUUCGAGAUAUUUUGGAGCAGAUGUAUACCUAUGACAACAUUCCAAGAAAAAAGGGCAAGUUUCAGGUAUGCUUAGAAGUAAACAGCUCAGACUGCAAUUCUGUACUUGCUUACUUGUGAGCAAGCCCCAGUGAUCUUGUUUCUGAAUAGGACUUGUUUCUGAAUAGACAAAUAUACUGUAGGAUUUUUUUUUAAAAAAUGAGGUUUCUUCAUGAGAAAGACAGACACGUUUCCAUGAAGAGUGCAUACAGAUGACAAUCACUUGGGUGGCUGUUUGCCUUAUCCAUCCAAGUGGCGCAAUAUAACUUAGCUGCUGCUGUACCGUAAAGAUCAGUAUGCCUGCCUGCCCACCUGCUAGAUGGUAAGGGAAUUUCUACAGGUCCCACAAGUUACACCUUCUGAAAUUUCCUGUUUUACACAGCCGUUAGCAAUGGUGGAACCCUGCCCUCUUUUGCAUAUGGGCACCCUAAUCUUAUCACGUAUUAUGCAGAUAAGUGGUAAAAUUGUAUUUAUAUUAUUUUUUUUAGCCUCAUGGGCUGCUUGCCCACAACUAAUAAUAUUUCUCACAAGGCAGAAUUGUGUGUUGUGUAUUGCGCUCUCAGUUCAUGCAGGGCAACCACGAUACGUGAUGCUCCUGGCCAGUAUGUCACAAGAAAACAACUAUUCUCUAGAACCAAGGUAGUCAACAUGGUGUCCUCCAGGAUGUUGUUGGACUCCCACUCCCAUCAUCCCUGACCAUUGGCCACUAUAGCUGGGGCUCUGGGGGGCCACCAUGUUGGCUACCCCUUCUCUAGAAAGCGUCACCAGAAUCCUCCAGGCUCAGGGGUUCUGCUGCAGGCAAGUUGAUUUGGCAAUUUACAACGCCCUUUGUUGGCAGAGUGGGGGUGGGCAUUUCUUGACAGCUCCUUUCCCUCAUAUUCCCGCUGUUGCUCUCACCGUCCAUUCUUGUUGCUGCAGCUGUGCAAUCACAAAAUGCAGUGAUAAACACCACGGUGCCUUGAAGUGAGUGGGAGCAGCACAUGCAUUCAAGGGCUGCAGUAGGAUGAUUCGCUGCUUUGAUCUGCAAUAGGCACAGGAAAGUGAUCAAAGAGGUUAAGUGAGGCAAAACGGUUCAGGGAGUGCAAAGCAAAGAAGUUUGCAAACAUGUACUUCAAAGCUAAUUGAAAGGCCGCCCUAAAUGCAGACAUUUUCCAAGAGAGGCGCUUAAUACAGUUGAAGCAUUAACACUGAAUUGCGAUAGCUACCAGCUUCAGGGGCUUCCUGUCAGGAAGUUGGUGCCUGUCCUUGGCUGCAUGAUCUCCGCUGCCUUUCCAUAGCCCUGUUCACACCUCAACCUGGGCAGCUAACACAUGGGAAGUGGAAUGGGGCUGCACCUCCUGGUUCUACCCCUUGGAAGCCAUGAACGAGUGUGCAUACCUGCCAAGGGGUGUGUCUCUGUGUUACCAACCUGUAACUCAUAGGCAGCUCUUUGCAGGUAGACACACACACAGCCUGGCAUUGCCCUCCGCUCCGUCUGCCAUGUGUGAGCCUCACAUACUGAAAUAAUGCAUGACUUGGGCUCAUGUCAACUGCGCUGGAACUACUUUGCCACUACCAGGUUGUGAUUCUAAUGUGACUUACAGUUCUACCUGUGACUGUUACUGAAUGCAGCAGAGGAUGUUUCGCAUCUAUAACUUGGCAUCUGCCUCUAAUUAGAUUCUGAAGAAAGGGGCAUGAUUGCUGGGUCCCAUUUGUCCAUGCCAUCCCAUCCUGUGGCCCUUCUGCCGAUCUGAAUACUGCAAAAGUGUCUUGCUAACUGAUCAGUGCAUAAAUAGAAAUUCUGCUGUUUUCUACCUAAACAGAACUGGAUGUCUAACAGUUUGAAAAUACAUAGCACUGCACUGCAGGACCAGGUGUGGGAAAUUUUUUCACAAGCUACCAGGAAGGUAAGCUAACUGGAAACUGUUUAAUGGAAGCAAUGUUUCAUAGUCAAAAGUCCACAAAUUGUGGCUGAACUUGUAGCCAGUCUUUCUUUUCUAUUAGCCAGCUAAGUCCAGUCGUGCCACAAUAACAGUGGGACUUUAGGAUUGCCUCCUAAAUGGAUUGCUAGUUGUACUCACUUGCUUAAUAAAUAAUUGCUUUUAAUAACCUUGUAGGCUUCCCUUUCCCCUCCAUGUGCAGAGUUCCCCUUUGCAAUAGAGAAAUGUGCUGCAUAUGCAUUUCUUAGUUUAAUGUCCACACAGAUGACAGUAAUGCUUGUCUUUAAGGGCUCGUGUGAACAGAAGUUAGGAACUUUAAACUUCUGGGAAAGUGUCUUCCCAAAAAGCUUCUGCAGCUUUCUGCUUUGCAGGAUAUAGACGAAGUAGCCUAAGAUAAAGCAAGAAAGAAUUGGUUAUUUGGGAUGAGGGUCCUGGGGGUGGGGGGAAUAGCCCAGAAGUAGAGGGAUGGAUUUUUCACCACCUCCCUCCACACAUUCAGAAAAGCCCAUUGCAAGUCCCACAUCCUAGAAACAUACUGAUUAUUUUUUGCUGGUGGUACUUGUGAGUGUACCUUCUCAUUGCACCAAAAAGCAAUUCUGUGUUUUGCUUAAAGCAGGGAGGGGGAACCAUUUUGGCUCCAUGGGUCAGAUCCUUAUCAGGGCCAGAUAUGACAAGUGGGCAGGAUUACUUCCUGGAGUAAACUGCUGAAGUCCCCCCUGCCCCAACUUUUUGACUAGGGGGUGUCAUCAUAGUGAUGUAUAAGCCCUCUGCAUCUUCCCAACAGGAGACAGCUGAAAACCAGUCUGCAGACAGUGAAGUUAUGCCAACGCCAUCAGAAGACAACCAAGUAAAAAUGGAGAAACCUGCAAAGAAAAAGAAUAAAAGGGAAGAAAAGGAAGAGAGGAAAAAUAUGAAAAAGGCAAAAGAAUUAAGGUUGCAAGUUCAGCCAGAGGGCCUAGAUCUCAAAAAAAGUAAAAAGUCUAAGAAAGAAGAGAGAGAAAAUGAGAAUGGAAAUAUUUCCAAAAGGAAUGGCUUGAAGUUGACAAAGCAGCAGCAAGCAGAUGUUUCAGCUGAACUGGAAAUGAAUGGAAACAGUGUCAAUACAAAAGAGGCAGGGACCAAAGCAAAUGUGAAGAAACGCAAGCGUAACGUCUCUGAAGGUAUCAGACUUGCAGUUCUUGCUUCUAGGUGUGAGGUGCAGUUUGGGGAAAAAAGACAGUUUGUAGUAUAUAGGAUGUACGGUAUAUAAAUCAGGAUAAAUUUCAGUGCUUGGAGCUGAAAUCGGGGUGAGAGUGACAGCCUGAGAGAGAUCCUGUUUUCUACCCAUCUCUGUCGUGAAUUCUCUGCGGCGCUUUAGCAGAAAUGCUCAGAGUUCCAGGUUCUUCAGUGCAGUAUAUUGUAAGCUAUAUAUACAAAUAUCUACAGGCUAUAACACACAAGCAGUUCAUACAGUCAAGCGGAGUACCUGGCUGCACCUUAAGGCAAAUAGGAAGACCUUUCUAUCUCUCUCUCUGACCACACUCCACUACACCACCCACUUACUGCUGGACAGGUUUCCCCUUUAAACCGAUGACAGCCAAUCAACUGACAGCACAUUACUGCUGAGUCUUUCUGACCCAGCACUUCCAUAGAAAGUAUUGCAGGCUCACUGCAUCAGCCAGUUGCAUCAGCUAGCAAACUCAAGCCUGCAGACUUACUAUCUCACACAGCAUUCUGUGAAUCCCGACAAUCUCAUCUGACAACGUCAAUCCUUUUCUGAUUUUUCCUUGUUGUAGAAGGUUUUUAUGAAAUGUCAGGCAGAGCAGAUUUUUUAUUUAACCACUAUUCCAAUUUUGGUGGGUUCUCUAAUGAUUCUGUUACUGGACUUCCUGACGCUUAUUUUGACUGUUUCUCUCCCUGUAAAUCCUACCCCAGAUGUUGACGAAUCUCCCAUUGCACAAAAAAGAAUGAACAAUUCAGAAACCGAAGAAAAGGAGGAUCAGCUUCAAGGUAACCUUCGCUUGGAUGCUUAGCAGUUUGCAACUAUGAGCUAGACGUGUUUGUUGAUGGCAACUGUGAUGUAGCAACUUAGUCAAUAUAAUUAUUAGAAUCAUUGUUAAAGUAUAAGGAAGAGUUGUAACAUUUAUAAGGACAUAGUUCCCUUGUCUUGAAAGUGGGUUAGUGAGUACUAGGCUUAGAUAACACAGGAUAUUUGUGUCCAAGGAGGACAGGGGCUUAUAAUUUCGUGGGUGGCAAUAGUAAUAAUAAUAAUUUUAUUAUGUGUCCCCCACCCAUCUGACUGGGUUGCCACAGCCACUCUGGGUGGCUUCCAACGUAUAUAAAAACAUAAUAAAAAAUUACACAUUAAAAAGCUUCCCUAUACAGGGCUGCCUUCAGAUGUUUUCUAAAGGUUAUAUAGUUGUUGAUGAUGAUGAUAAUUUAUUAUUUAUACCCCACCCAUCAGCUUGGGUUUCUCCAGCCACUCUGGGCGGCUUCCAACAAAAUAUUAAAAUACAGUAGUCCAUCAAACAUUAAAAGCUUCCCUAAACAGGGCUGCCUUUAGAUGUCUUCUAAAAGUCUGGUAGUUGUUGUUCUCUUUGACAUCUGAUGUGAGGGCAUUCCACAUGAUAGGUGCCACUACCAAGAAGGCCUUCUGCCUGGUUCCCUGUAACUUGACUUUUCGCAGUGAGGGAACCACCAGAAGGCCCUCAGAGCUGGAUAUCAGUGUCCGGACUGAAUGAUGGGGGUGGAGACGCUCCUUCAGGUGUACUGGGCCAAGGCUGUUUAGGGCAAAACGACAUACCAUUGGUUGGAUGGAUCCAAAGCAGGGAGAAUGAAUUUUUCCUGCCCUCUCAGUCUCACCACAGCCCUGUUAGAACAAGGCUGCCUCUGACUAGUUUUUGCCAUCUUCCAUCUCCCACUGUUACCACACCCAGGCCUUUCCUGAAGAUUCCCAACAUUGAGAAGGCUUGGUUGGGGGCAGGGGACGACAUUGGGGUCUGCAAGGGGGCGGGGAAUGUUCUGCUAGACAAGCAGAUGCUGGUACGUGCAAGCUCUGGAUCCAACCCUAUACGGCUAUUUAAUCUGUUAGGAAUAGCCAGACCAAGUCUCAAUUCAUUUUGUUUCCUUUCUUUUUAAAUCUUCUUUUCUUGGACAGAGGAAAUGCUCUCCAGCUUGCAGCCCACAUUUUGCCGAAAUGCCAGCAGGGGUUCGCCCAAGAAAAUCCACUGCCACAGUUUUCAAGUGUUAUAGAAUAUAGAGUUGGGCCCGGAGUUAACUAACCUGGUGUGCCAGUGGAAGCCUGUGCAAGGGCUACUCCCCACCCAUGAGCCCCCUGCACCUCCCCCAGAUCCAUCUGGAGGGUCAGACAAGCCCUAGAGCAGUGGGAGGAAAGGGGGCAGAAUCCCACCUGGCAAGCAAGAAUUCUUGCACUGACAGAGCAGUCAGAAGAGUCUGACGUCAAAUUCCUCCCUAAGCCUCUAAAUGUUUGUAGUAGAUCACAUCGGGUAGAAAAUGUAUGUAGGUUAUUAUAGUGAGUUUGGCUGUUUAUAUUUACAGAUGAGAUUUUUUAAAAUAACCACUGGAAAAAGUUGGUCAUUUCUCCAGGUGGAUGCAGCUGGCGGUUUUCUGGGUUGGAACCAGCCAGGUGUGUUUCCCCUCUGAGCUAGAGAGGCAUAGGGACUGGCUGCUGAUUUCAAAUACAAAAGUGUGGGCAAUGAGGCCUUAUUCAUGGUUGUUGUUUUUAAAAAAACUCCUUAUUGCUUGAGGAGUAAUACUUCCUUAUUGUUUGAUUUAUAACCCAUUCUCCCUUGUUCACAUGAUCCUGCACUGCUGUGCUUGGCAAUAUUUCAGUUUCCAAAAUCAUCUCAGCGCAGCAGGUUGCUUUAGCAAGCAGGGCACAACUGACCUGAGCAAGUAAACCUUUGAAAGUGGUGUUAGGUUUCCAUAGUGACCUGGCCAAAAUGCAUGGGGAUAAUUUAUUUUAUUCUCUCUUCCUUGUCUUUUUACAAAUUUUUACAGGUAAAUUCAGUUGGAAGGGAACUAUAAAAGCUGUUCUGAGGAAAGCACCUGACAAUGAACUGCCAAUGAAAAAACUAAGGAAGAAGGUAUAUUGGAGCAUCUUCUGACACCCAGAGUACAGGGCAGGGCAAAGUUCCCCUGCAUAAGCACCACUGGAAUAAAUAUUUGUAUACUGCCCUUCAUCCGUAGCUCUCAGGGCGAUUCACAGCAUUAUUCACAAUUAUUUCCUUAUUUCCAAAUUAUUUCAUAAUUUGCCUGUUUAAAAAAUAGAGAAAAAAAUUGUACUGUUCAGGGAACGGUUCCCUAACGUAGAAUCAAAGAGUUGGAAAGUACCCUUCAGGCUCAUCUGGUCCAACCCCCUGCAAUCCAGGGAUCAGAAGGCAAAAAUAACUUUGCACAUGCUCUAUCCAUUUGGCCCUUGAAGCCUUUUAAGGAAACACACACACACGUCUUGCUCUGGGGAGAAAGCACUCGGCAUAUGGUCAGGGGCACGCCACGCACAACGCAGGACCCUUACUGCCAAGCAAGAAAACGCCGCAAGGCUUGAGGGCAGGAAAGGAAAGGCCUGAUCCGAGAAGGGCCAACUCUGAGGCUUCUCUGAGGAAACGGAGCAGGCUCCAGAAUGGCUGCCCACCUCAUCGCCUCCCCUCAGGCUGCUGCCUAACUCCAGCGCCCGGCCUUGCCCGACUCACUGUAUUCAGUGAAGUUUUGUGUAGGAGAACGUACCUUGGAUUGUGCCCUAACUUUUUAGAAACCUGUGCUUCUGUGAGCACAACCAUUUGCUAAAUUCCAAUUUAAAUGAGCAGUUGCUAAACCGUAGUGCUGUCCCCUUUCUUCUCUGAUGAACUUCUGCUGUUCCACCAACAGCAUUUAGCACCUUUUGUCCAAAGGCCUUGUUUGCUGAUUGCAUUUAAAAUAUAUAUGUUCUGGGCAGGUGGGAUGGUCCUAAGCAUUCCACAACUCAGCAGCUAAGCCAAUGUUUAGGAAAGCUCCUGUACAGUCGUACCUCUGCUUAUGUAUCCCUCCAGUUACGUAAACUUCAGGAUACGUAAGUGGCAAACCCGGAAGUAUAUUUCCGGGGUUUUGCUGCACAUGCAGAAGCACUCUACCGUGCCGCACGUGUGCGCAGAAGCAGUCUCUCUGGUUGCGAAAACCUCUGGAUCCGGCCGGACCUCUGGAACUGGAGGUACCACUGUAAUGCAACCGAAGACUUGGUCGUGUAACCAAUAGCUAUGGCAGUUUCAAAAACUGUCAGCCUAGAUUUAGCUCAGGUUUUCUUUCUUUUACUUCAUAACAUUACAAAUGGAGAAGUGACAGCUAGUCAGAUGCCACCAGGCGCAUAGAAAGGGCCUCAUUCCCCCAGCUGCCCCUGCCUUCAAAGGUGGCAGCACAGGGCUCUGCCAGAAAAUCUUAACAUGUGGGCAGGCUGCUUUGGGAGAACGUGGCCCCUUCGGAUCUUCCAGAGCUCUAAAGUCAAAAACCAGCGCUGGUUUUGUGCCUGGAAUUAGAGACUGGGAGCCAGUGCAGGCUUUAAAGCCCAAGUGGAAUAUGACAGACCUUGCUGGGUUUGCUUUGGAGUAGAUGCUUCAUAUUCCAGAAAAGACACUUAAGCUGAUAAUGGCGUGAAAGGUUUGAAUGUAACUUCUUUUUGUCUCUCCUUUUUUCUCGUGCAGGUUUUAUCACAGUAUUAUGCAGUGGCAGGUGAUCAUCAUCAUAAGGCUGAAGGAGAAAUUCUGGCCCUGUUCAAUAAGAAAGUCAGCAGCAAUCCUAAAUUUAGAGUUUUAAAGGAAAAGGUUAAGCUUAUAAAAUAG